AAUGUUAACAGUCCACUGAAAUCUCAAUCUCAAUCUCAAUCGGCUUCAUUAAAUUCGUCCAACCUCGCCCUCUCGCCUCGCUCACGGACGAACUCACGAGAAGGAACCAAUUCACGAUUCACGGAAUCGAAAUCGCAAUCGGCCUUGACUCAAUCGGCUCUCGCUCUCUGCCUCUCUCGAGUCUCUGACUAUCGACCGGCUCUCGCAUCUUGUGACCUGUGAGAAAACGUUCGUUAAGAAAACAGUAGAAGCAUGGGAAAGAAAGGAUCGAACAAGAAAGCGCUUCCUGCAACAACUUCUGGUCCUCAAAUGUCGGUUACAAUAAGAGAAGCUUCAACAGGGAAGAAACAUACAAAUGUCAAGUCUUCGUUAAAGUUACAACAUAUAAAGAACCUUGCAAUGUGGGCUACUCAUGAUGCUUCCAUACCUUCAUUGGGUGCGUUCUUUGGUCACCAUUUUGCCGCGUCUUCUGAGGCACUGGGGAUGCCGGUUGAUCCAUCCUUGUUUACUUGUGAAAGAUGUGAAUCUAUACUUCAUCCUGGCCACAACUGCACUGUUCGAAUCGAGACAAACAAGACAAAUGCUCGACACAAAGGCAAGAAAUCUAAGCAUUAUCCUCGAAACAACAUCGUCUACACCUGCCAUUUUUGCUCACAACGAAAUAUCAAAAGAGGAACCCCGAGAAAUACAUGCCCACCAAAGGCACAUAAAAGAGUCCCCGAGCCUGCAAGCUCAACCAAUCAGAAAACCCGUAAGACGGUUUCUUUUUUCGAUAGGACUAAAAAUAACGUUGUUGCAAACACUGUAACCGCUUCGUUGGGGUCCACGGGAGAUGACCCCAGGGGUAAAAUGGGCAUUGCGGAGGUUAAAGAUGAUCCAGCUGCAUCUGGUCCGGGUACCCCGUUGAACACGAUGACUUUGCUGGAGUCGAAGAUGAAGAAGAGGAAUCGAUCAGGGGCUAAGAAAACGACGGCAUUGGAAAGUGUGACGGAGAAGUCGGUGAACACGUCUAAUAGACGGCGGAGAAAAUCGUGGAGUAGUUUGAAGGAGAUCGCGGAGAGUAACGAUAAUAACAAAAGGUUGAUGAACUUAACAGUUCCAUUUUCUAUAGGAAUUUAAGGUAUGUUUGUUAGUAGCUUAAUGAGCUUAAUGAGACUCACUGCUUAUUCAGUCAACAAUACAAAAUUGUUUGGUAGUGGCUUAAUGAUAUCGAAAGUAGCUUA